UAGCAGAACUUCAGCUCCUUGGGUCAAUGGAAGAUGAAGGAAAACUGGUGCAGUUCCCACAUGAUCUGAGUAGUUAAAAUAUUCCUAAUGCCGCGUCUUGUUCUUGGUGUAACCUAACGCAAACGCCUUUCUUUAUGUUUGAUCAGAGGACUUCAAGUCUCCCACUUAGUCCAAGUAAAGCCAAGAAAGCUCCAAUAGAAAAUUAGCUAUGCCUCGGACUCGUGUCUGUCUAGUUGGCUCCUACCAGGUUUGGUUCACUGAACGUGCCAAAAAGCUCGUUGUGAUUGCAGCAUCAUCAGCCAGAGCAUCAGAGCCCACUAUCCAGAGGUCAACGAGGUCUUCGCUUCCCCAUCUUUGGUGUCUGCGAAGACCUGGUAUCUGAACAGUAGAGCGGCCGAGAUGGAGGUUCAAAUGAUUGGAGGAGCCAAUCCCAACCCCAUGAACGGUCACGGCAACCACCACCAUGUGGUCACGGUGGCGACGGAGGCGGCAAGGGACUGGUCAUCCGUAGUGCAUCGGAGACUCGGCCAGAGGCCGACCCGUCUGAAGCAUUCAGCUGGCAGUUACUCCUGCUGCAUCUUCAAGGUCCCUGGGACCCUCUUAGAGCUCAACCCCAAGGCGUACAAGCCCCGCAUCGUGUCCAUCGGCCCGUACCACCAUGGGAAAGAGUACGUACACAUGAUCGAAGAGCACAAGCCGCGGUUCUUCUCUGCUCUUCUCGCCCGAACCAGAAGCUUUGGAGUUGAUUACAACGAUUACUUCAAUGCCCUUGCGUCGAAGGAAGAGGAGAUUCGAGAUUGUUACUCUGAGCCACUCAACUUCGGCAGCUCGGAGCUCAUUGAGAUGAUGGUCCUCGACGGCUGCUUUAUCAUCGAGAUGUUCCGAGUGAUUGAGAGCAUCGUCACGCCCGAGCCCGAUGACCCGAUCUUCAACAUGUUGUGGACGUUCACUUCGUUCAUGCGCGACUUCCUCCAUCUCGAGAACCAAGUCCCCUUCUUCGUCCUCCAAACGCUCUACGAUAUGUCGAAGUGUCCUGCCGAUCCCCAGUACUCUCUCGUCGAGCUCACGCUGCGGUUCUUCAACUACGGCGUGCAGCGGCCGCCGGAUGUCCUCGUGAAGUACUAUGGAGUCGCGGACGUCAAGCACUUGCUCCAUCUCAUCCAGAUGAGCCUUAUCAACCUUCCUCCGGAAUCACCGAGGGAAUUCGACGACGAGUAUCUGCAGCUGGUCCGUUCAGUGACAAAGCUCCGUCGCUCGGGAAUCAAAUUCAAGCCGAGGAAGUGCGACGGUUGGCUUGACAUUCGGUUCAACAAUGGAGUGCUCGAGAUUCCCCCACUGACGAUUGAUGAACUGACCAGCUCCUUCUUCCUCAACUGUGUUGCGUUCGAGCAGUGCUACUGCUACUGCUCGCAGCACAUCACUAGCUACGUGACCUUCAUGGGGUGCCUCAUGGCCACUGCGGAUGACGCGAGCUUCUUAUCGGAUCACCAUGUGCUGGAGAAUUACUACGGGACCUACCCCGAAGUCGCGAGCUUCUUCAAUGACUUAGGGAAGGACGUGGGGUUCGAUAUUGGGAGGUGCUAUCUGGCUGGAGUGAUGGAGGACCUGAACAGGUACUAUAGGAACCAGUGGCGUGUGCGGUGGACGGGAUUGAAGCGUAAGUACUUUGGUAAUCCAUGGUCUUUGAUUUCGGCACUGGCGGCCUCCCUGAUUCUAGUGCUCACUUUCAUUCAGUCUUUCUUUGCGCUUUAUGCAUACGUGCGUCCUCCUCGGUCGUAAUGAGCUGUUUGUGUGUCUGUACGCUUUCCUGGGUUCAGCAUCUGUAAUGAAAUUCAACUGCUGAAUUGUGUCUU